CAAAAAAAAAAAAAAGAAAUUCUUCUUCAAAAGAGAGAUUUCAACUUUGAAACCAGAACGAAACUUCCUCGCUCGUGCUCUUCUUCUACUACAGGAUUUAAUCUGAGAUCUAAAAAAGGAUCCUAAAUCUUACACCGACACACAGAUCACGAAAUCUCCUCUAUUAAUCAUUUGACCAAAUCUCCUUUCUCUUCUCCAGAUCAGAACAAGAACUAGAAGAAACCUCAAAGUCUUCUGCUUUAUUGUUUCUUAUGCUCUGAUUUUGUUUCUGCAACUUCUUCCUUCGUUGACUGUGAGGACUUUGUAGUUUGAUCUUUUGGUCCAUGUUUUGGUAGCCACGAGGGGGUAUGAGUCAUUGUAAAGUUCCGGCUCUUAUUGAAGCACAAGUUGAAAUGGGAUCGGUUAAUGAACUUGAGCAUAAGAGUUUAUUUAGACGAGAAGAAGAAGACGAAGAUGCCACACAAAUUAAAGAAGCUUCUUUGAUGGAGCAAGGUUCGCUUUCUCCAAGUUUCCAUGGACACACCACGGCUAAAUCACCUAAGAACAGUGUGGUUAAGAGCAUCAACAUCGUUAUUUUAUCUAAUAAACUCAAUAUGUUGUUACCUUUCGGUCCUCUAGCAAUCUUGGUUCACUACAUGAUAGAUAGUAAGGGGUGGGUGUUCUUGCUGAGCUUAAUAGGGAUUACACCAUUGGCUGAACGUUUAGGAUAUGCCACAGAGCAACUGGCUUUUUACACGGGUCCCACUGUUGGAGGCCUUUUAAAUGCUACAUUCGGGAAUGUGACUGAGCUGAUUAUAUCGAUUUUCGCUUUGAAAAAUGGAAUGAUACGUGUUGUUCAGCAGACAUUGUUAGGAUCCAUUUUGUCUAACAUGUUGCUUGUACUUGGCUGCGCUUUCUUCUGCGGAGGUCUAGUAUUUCACCAGAAAGACCAAGUCUUUGACAAAGGAAUAGCAGUUGUGAAUUCAGGAUUGCUUUUGAUGGCUGUCAUGGGGAUACUCUUCCCUGCUGUUCUUUACUACACGCAUAGUGAGGUUCACACCGGAUCAUCAGAGCUGGCCCUGUCAAGGUUCAGCAGUUGCAUAAUGCUUAUAGCAUAUGCUGCUUACCUCUUUUUCCAGUUAAAGAGCCAGUCUAGUUCUUAUAGCCCUCUUGAAGAGGAAACAAAUCAGAACGAAGAAACAUCUGAUGAAGAUGAAGAUCCUGAGAUCUCCAAGUGGGAAGCUAUCAUAUGGCUCUCAAUCUUGACUGCUUGGGUCUCUCUUCUCUCUGGCUAUCUUGUUGAUGCCAUAGAGGGUGCAUCGGUUUCUUGGAACAUACCAAUAGCAUUCAUCAGUGUCAUUUUGCUUCCAAUCGUUGGGAAUGCAGCGGAGCAUGCAGGCGCAAUCAUGUUUGCCAUGAAAGAUAAACUGGAUCUGUCAUUAGGCGUGGCUAUUGGUUCCUCUAUCCAGAUCUCCAUGUUCGUGGUCCCGUUUUGUGUGGUGAUUGGAUGGAUGAUGGGUGAACAGAUGGACCUAAAUUUCCAGCUUUUUGAGACGGCGAUGCUGUUCAUAACCGUUAUAGUAGUAGCUUUCUUUCUCCAGGAAGGGACAUCGAAUUACUUCAAAGGAUUGAUGCUCAUUCUUUGUUACUUGAUAGUCGCUGCCAGUUUCUUUGUACACGAAGAUCCUCAUCAAGAUGGUAUAUAAUCACUGUGGAGGAGUCUGGUGUGAAUGCAAGAUGGGUCUUUAAGUUACAAGCUGAUGACCUCAUGAACACGAAAGUUUUGGGGGAGAGACGCUAAGAUGUAAACCUGAUACUAAUGUGGUUUCAAUAGACUUUUGACGUUUUGAAAGUUCAUUCCUUUGGGAUCCCCACCCUCCAUGAAAAUGAAUACUCUUAGUCACCUCAGAAGGUUACACGUUUUGUUUAUUUGGAAUGAUAUAUUACAAGAAGAUUUGUUUUGUUUCUCGUGUUCUUGCCGACUCUCUUUCUUUGAUUUUUAAUGACGACAACAAGCCAUCAUGUUACGUUUUGUUUGUGUUCUUUUAACACCAUUUCUAUCUAAUAUUGGUGUAAGUGUAUAUAAAACCGAAACCGUAGGUUUUAAUUUAAGAUCAUUCAUUACA